AUGAAAUUUUCCGCUGUGGUCGUCGCGCUUGCCGGCUUUGUCGCCGCGCAGCAAAAUGCGCUACCCACUGGCAUUGCUGGCUGCAGUCAGAUCGACGUCAAGUGCAUCUGCUCCAACUCUGGCUUCCUCGACGGCAUCGCAUGCUGUCUCGCCGGUGCCUGUCCUCAAGCGGACCAGGAAACCGCCGUCAAGUACGCAAAGGACAUCUGCACCGGCGCAGGCGUCACGGUUCCUGACCAAGUCGUCUGUAAGAGCGCCAAUUCGACAUCAUCAGCCACCGCUUCGCAAACGACUGCCGCGGCGACUGGAGCAACGGCGUCCGCAUCUGCUACCAGCACACCGAAUGCUGCGUCUACAAUGGGACCGGUUGCUUUUCUUGGAGGUCUCAUCGCGGCCCUGGUCGCAUUGUAA